AUGGCGUGUUGUAUUGUGUGUGUGCUUGGCAGAUCAGCUGUUGCAUACCACAGAGCACAAAAAGCAGCCAGAAAGCUACCCGUUUUGCUGGGGGGCUGUAUUCUUGUGAGGCUGCUCACCUGUUUUAUCUCUAGGUAUGGUCCCAAAAUGCCUCUUGCGGUGGAUUGCACUGCUGAACUGGUUCGUUGCAAGGUCCUGGAUUCAUCUGGCAGAUUGAAGUCACAUGAGCUCAUCCUCUCUUAUGGACUGGCUCUUGUAAGGUUUGUCAACUUGAUCACGGAAAGGAAACAGAAAAUUGUCAGCAUUCCUCUGAGACAAUUAGCCAGAGAGGUCGAUAUCCCCAUCUGGGUUGUGGAUCUCCGUCACGAGCUGACCCAUGGGAAGCUGCCGCGGCUGGCUCUGUGCCGCAAGGGUUGUGAUGUUGUGGUGGACUGGCUACGAAAGACGUACUGGAGCCGUCAGCUGGGCAAUAACUUGUGUGAAGAAAAUGAGGACGAGGAUGAGGAAGAGGAGCAGGAAGAGGUGGAAACAAAUGCGGAGUUGGACAAUGAUGCAUGGGAGAUUCAAACCCCACAGCAUGAGGCCUGUCAGAAACACAAGGAAUUCCAUGAAAAAGUCAAAGUUGUGCUGAUAUCGUACAAGAAUGAGCAGUUUCGGGCUAUGCAGGCUGUGCAGUCGGUUUCGAAGUCUCGAGAUCCGUGGUCCAGUUCCUCUUCAGAAGUAGACUGGAUUUUGGCUCAGAUCAAAGACCUGAUGCAAGAGAACAGGGAGACAGUGGCUGAAGCUCUUCUCAGUGAUGGAUUUCUCAUCCCAAAGAUGGAUUGUCUGAAGAUGCUAAAUAUCAAGUAUGAAGCAAAUAAAGAGGUAUGGCAGUUCAAAAUUCCCCAGACAUUUUACUGCUUUUGGCAACCUUUGCUGACAGGCCUCCUUUCCCGAAGUUUUACACAGAUACUAAUAGAGAAAAUGUUUAUGGAGUUGAAGGAGUGUUCUGACUCUUCAGAACUCCGGCCUCAGUUCUUGAUCAGCUGGAUUUCUGAGAUGCUGACUGGCAUUGCCAAAGUAAACACUGGGAAAAAAAGACAACAUUGUAACAAACAGGUGUCCAUGAAGGAGCUGUUCCUCCGUAAAGUUCCUUUGCAGUGGAUAAGACUGACUGAUAAUUGCUUGGAAGCUCCCUGCUGGGCAACACCACACCUUCUUCAGCUGAUCCUCACAAUCAUGAGACCUCGCUUGCCACUUUCUUCACGGAAGAACCUUCUCUAUCUCGCUUCCGUUUACACGGAAGGAGGUGGCCCUUUGUCCAGCCCAGGCAUCUCUUCAGACUGCAGUGAACAGCCAAUUUACACUAUAGAGAGCUUACAGUGGAGGGCCAGGCAAGAAAAUCAGGUUAAAAAUCAAGGGCAGACUGUAGAGAAGCAAGAAGAAUUGCUGGAGGGAGAUGAUGGUGUAGAGGAGGUGGAGGAGGAGGAAGAAGAGAUGGUAACUGAAACAAAUCCUUUGGAAGGACUUGCUCAUUCUGGUGACAUGGUGGCUAUUGCUGAGAAAAGGGCAGCACUGCAAGGGUCCUCCUGGCAGAUCACUGCAGAUGAAGUACUAUGGAAAGACUUUCCUCUUGGGAAACUCCCAGGUCAGACAGAUGACCCUGAUGGUCUCAUGUUGGAUAAUUAUUCCAUGAUGUCCCUGCUUGAUCAGCCGGUGAGAGAUGAGUGGAAGCCUCCCAGUACAAACUCUGCAGAAUUGAGUAUUCCUGUGACAGGAGGAUUGUUAUGGACACAGAAUGACUUCCAUAAAAUAAAAAGUGGCCUUCAACUUUUCUAAGACAGCAGAGUGCUCUGCGGCUUUCAGUAUUGCACAAGUGGCAUGGAAGAACUAGUAAUGGUGAUGGGGAAAUAGCCACUCCAGGAUAUAUAUUUUUUUGUGAAGAUUUGCUGACUUUCACGAUCUAAAAUCAG